GUCUUGACUCUAGUCAACUGUCAUAAGUCAUAACCAACCAACAACCAACCGGGCAUGGAUCCACUUCUACGCAGUUACACGCAGUAAAGGGCCACAUAUUUUUGAUCGGCCGGCUACUGUAUAAAUAAUUAGAUUUUAUCCGCUUUAAUUGCAACCAUUUAUUUUAAUCAGACGAUCAGAAACAGUUACGCAAUAAAUGUGUUAAAUCCGAACCCCAACCUAUCCUGUUAUUACAAAUUUACAACAACACCGAUCUCUCUCUCUCUCACUCAAUCUAAAGGCAUAAUCGCAAUUAGCAAAAUAGACGAAAAAAGCAAACAAAAUAUAGAAAGAGACAUAAACGGCUUUUUUCCCGCAAAUGUGUGAGAUACAGCUUUCUCGCUGUAUUCUCAUUCCCAUGCCUCCUCCUCCUCCUUGCUUCGAUCAUCAUACCUUCCUCCGUUAGAUUUGGAUCUCUCCACCAUGGAAAACAUUGCCGCGCAAUUAAAGCGCGGCAUCUCGCGCCAAUUCUCCUCCGGUUCGUUACGUAAAACUCUCAGCCGUCAAUUCACGCGUCAAGCUUCUCUCGAUCCACGUCGUAACAAUCUCCGAUUCAGUUUCGGUCGUCAAUCAUCUCUCGAUCCGAUCCGUCGUAGUCCUGGUCAAGAUGAAGCCGAACUCACCGUACCGGAGAAUCUCGAUUCCACCAUGCAACUUCUCUUUAUGGCUUGUCGUGGUGAUGUUAAAGGUGUGGAAGAUUUGCUUAACGAAGGUAUCGAUGUUAAUAGCAUUGAUCUUGAUGGUCGUACUGCUCUUCAUAUCGCCGCCUGUGAAGGUCAUGUUGAAGUUGCUAAACUCUUACUCAGCCGUAAGGCUAAUCUUGAUGCUCGUGAUCGUUGGGGCAGUACGGCUGCGGCUGAUGCUAAAUAUUAUGGAAAUACAGAAGUUUAUUAUAUGUUGAAGGCGCGUGGGGCAAAAGUGCCGAAAACCAGGAGGACUCCAAUGACUGUUGCAAAUCCUCGUGAAGUUCCUGAAUAUGAACUCAAUCCGUUAGAGCUACAGGUUCGGAAGAGUGAUGGUAUUUCAACGGGGACAUAUCAAGUAGCUAAAUGGAAUGGCACAAAGGUUGCAGUGAAAAUACUUGAUAAGGACAGUUAUUCAAAUCCUGAUACCAUAAAUGUUUUCAAGCACGAGCUCACAUUAUUGGAAAAGGUGCGACAUCCUAAUGUGGUCCAGUUUGUUGGAGCUGUCACCCAAAACAUACCUAUGAUGAUUGUUCGAGAGUACCAUGCUAAGGGUGACUUAACAGGUUAUAUUCAAAAGAAAGGGCGCUUGUCCCCAUCAAAAGUUCUACGGUUUGCUCUUGACAUUGCUAGGGGCAUGAAUUAUCUUCACGAAUGCAAACCAGAUCCUAUUAUCCACUGUGAUUUAAAGCCAAAAAAUAUUUUGCUGGAUAAUGGAGGGCAAUUGAAGGUAGCUGGAUUUGGCACGGUGCGAUUUUCACUACUCUCACCUGAUAAAGCAUUGUUAGACCAGCCCGAGACCAACUUGGACCCUUUAAGCUUGUACGUGGCACCAGAGAUUUACAGAGGUGAUCUAUUUGAUAGAAGUGUGGAUGCGUAUUCUUUUGGUCUCAUUGUAUAUGAGAUGAUAGAGGGUAUACCGCCCUUCCAUCCCAAGCCUGCAGAGGAAGCUUUGAAACUGCUGUGUUCAGAAGGGAAGAGACCUCCAUUCAAGAUCAAAACAAAAAGUUAUCCUCCGGAUUUGAAAGAGUUGAUUGAGGAAUGUUGGGAUCCAGACCCUGUUGUCAGACCAACAUUUUCUCAAGUCAUUAUCCGGUUGGACAAAAUUGUUGCAAAUUGCUCAAAACAAGGAUGGUGGAAAGAUACUUUUAAACUUCCAUGGAAAUAAAUAAAAUGGGAUGCACCAUCAGAGCAAGGAGGAGAUAAAGAACAGAGUUGUAUCAUCAAAACUGAUAUGUGAGCAUCAUGUUGAUGUAAUGUUAAUAGCCAAUGCAAUUAAUAACUUCUGAACUUGAAUAAUAUGAGAUUGAGUUUGGAUUUGAGCACGAAAAUGUAUUUCCACAGUUCCAACAUCAUUCUCUGUAUACUAUAAGGUCUGAAACAGAUCCUCUCUGUAAAAUGUAUCAUAAACCACACACGUUUUAGAACAUCUAUAUAUUCUGAGAAAUUUUCUAAUAAACAAUAUGUUCUCUACA